AUGAAGAUUCAAAUUAUAUGGCUCACUUUGGUUUUAAUCGUCGUUGAAGCUAAUGCAGUCAAACAAGGGAAAAACGCAACGAUCCCGGCCCUAAUAGUUUUUGGAGAUUCAAUAAUGGAUACAGGAAAUAACAAUAAUCUUCCCACUCUUCUUAAAUGUAACUUCCCUCCAUACGGUAAAGAUUAUCCUGGAGGCUUUGCCACUGGAAGAUUUUCUGAUGGAAGAGUUCCUUCUGAUCUUAUUGCGGAAAAAAUAGGAUUGGCUAAGACAUUACCAGCAUAUAUGAAUCCAUAUUUGAAGCCAGAGGAUCUUCUUAAAGGUGUAACAUUUGCAUCAGGAGGAACUGGUUAUGAUCCAUUGACAGCAAAAAUUAUGUCAGUGAUAUCAGUGUGGGAUCAACUCAUAUAUUUCAAAGAAUAUAUAUCAAAGAUCAAGAGGCAUUUCGGAGAAGAAAAAGCAAAAGAUAUCUUGGAACAUAGUUUCUUUCUUGUGGUGUCUAGUAGCAAUGACCUUGCUCACACUUAUUUAGCUCAAGCUCAUAGAUAUGAUCGUACCUCUUAUGCCAAUUUCUUGGCUGACUCUGCUGUUCAUUUCGUGAGAGAAUUACACAAGCUUGGAGCUCAAAAAAUUGGAGUGUUUAGUGCAGUCCCUGUUGGUUGUGUUCCACUCCAAAGAACAGUUUUUGGAGAUAAAGAGUUGGAUGGUGUUAUCCUUUACAUUAAUGUUUAUGAUACUCUUUUCGACAUGAUCCAACACCCUAAAAAAUACGGUUUUGAAGUGGCUGAUAGAGGAUGUUGCGGUAAAGGACUGCUCACGAUCUCCUAUUUAUGUAACUCAUUGAACCAAUUUACGUGUUCUAACUCUUCAGCUUAUAUAUUUUGGGAUAGCUAUCAUCCAAGUAAAAGAGCUUAUCAAGUUAUUGUCGACAAUUUACUUGACAAAUAUUUGAGCAAAGUAUAUUGA